AUGUCUGGGGUGACAGCCCGAUUAUCUGGCCUGCUAGGCCAUCUGUCAGGGUCAUCGACACAGGCUUCUUUUGAGCAUCACUUCAACCACCACGCACUUUCACCGACUUUCUUCCUACCUCGUGCGGCAGCGAUUGAGCCUAAUGCCGAGGCGAUUUAUCAUAUCACCGCGAACAACAAAAUCUUGCGCCGAAGCUAUAGUGAAGCGGCUGACCGCGCGAGGGGGCUGGCCUAUUAUCUCAAAAAGAGGGGAUUGCGACGAGUCGGCAUCCUUUGCCCCAAUACGCCAGCCUUUCUGGAGUCAAUCUUUGGAAUCGCUGCGGCGGGGGCUGUAAACGUGGCGGUCAACUAUCGCUUGAAGGAAGAAGACAUCGCCUACAUCUUUGAUCACGGCGACGUAGACGUCAUCAUUGUGGAUCAGGAGUUUGUCAAUCUCCUCGACCUGUACCGGUCGCAACAUCCGAAUGUCCCCAUAGUCGUGGAUACCGAUACGGAUGCCACCGAAGGAGAAUUGACCGGUCCAUUCGAUCAUGCAGUACUUGAAGGCCUGCGGUAUGAUUCCGAGACUGGUGGACUGGGAUGGGCGGGCCUUGAAGCUCAAGCUGCCGAUGAGAAUUCCCUGAUUGCGCUGGCCUAUACCAGUGGCACGACCGCCAGACCAAAGGGGGUUGAAUAUACUCACCGUGGCUGCUAUCUGGCGGCGCUAGCAAAUGUGAUCGAGUCAGGGUUAAACUCGCACCGUGGUCGAGCGAAGUAUCUGUGGACCUUGCCUAUGUUCCACGCGAUGGGGUGGACGUUCCCAUGGGCAGUCACGGCAGUUCGCGGUACCCACUACUGCUUGCGCAAGAUUGAUUACCCAGAGAUCUGGCGCCUGUUAAAGGAGGAACAUAUCACCCAUUUCAAUGCCGCGCCGACCGUCAAUACGUUGCUGUGCAAUUCGAAAGAAGCUGAACGACUCCCCGAACCCGUGCGUGUGACGGUGGCGGCAAGUCCGCCUACUCCUCACCUCUUCGAGCAAAUGACCGACCUGAACCUCCAUCCAGUGCACGUCUACGGUAUGACGGAGACAUACGGUCCCAUCACCAAGGGGUACUAUUUGCCCGAGUGGGAUACCAUCCCCUUGAAAGAGAAAUAUCAAAAAAUGGCUCGGCAGGGGCAUGGCUUCAUCACAAGUCUUCCUGCCCGAGUCAUUCGUACUGAGACUCCCGAGGGAACGGUGGAGGAUGUGAGGCAGGAUGGCAAAGAAAUUGGGGAGAUUGUAUUCUUCGGCAACAUCUGCGCCAAAGGGUACUACAAGGAUCCCGAGGCGACCCGCAAGCUCUUCGCUGGCGGUGUGCUUCAUUCGGGCGAUCUCGCCGUCUGGCAUCCUGAUGGUGCGAUUCAGAUUCUCGAUCGAUCGAAAGAUAUCAUUAUUAGCGGCGGUGAAAAAAUCUCUUCAGUCGCGUUAGAGUCCAUGCUUGCAACACAUCCUGAUAUCCUAGAAGCCGGCGUGGUUUCAGUGCCGGAUAGUCACUGGGGCGAGCGUCCCAAGGCCUUUAUUACAGUCAAAGAAGGUAAAAAGGUGGACGGAGCGGAUGUGAUCAAUUGGGCCCGCACUGCAAGCGGCAUCAGCAAGUUCAUGGUUCCACGUGAAGUCGAAGUCGUGCCAGAGCUCCCCAAGACCAGCACCGGCAAGAUUCGAAAGAAUGUGCUGCGCGACUGGGUCAAGGGGGUCGACCGAAGUCUUGGGAACUGA